AUCCACUCAGGUAAACCACGUGGCACAGCAAGCUUUCAAGUUGAAGCUUUUGGCAGAAUAUUCAUCUUGGAUGUGGAACUGAAUCAUGAUUUGCUGUCUUCGGGGUACGUGGAGCGGCAUUUGUCAGAGAAAGGGAGGACUGUCGUCACCAAUGGAGGAGAGCACUGCUACUAUCAAGGGAAGGUCAGAGAUUUUCCUCACUCCUUUGUGGCUCUCUCAACCUGUCAUGGAUUACAUGGGAUGUUUUUCGAUGGCAAUCACACCUACAUGAUCGAGCCUGGAGGAGAGGGUAGCGGCGAAGGGGAUGUCCGCAUUCACAUGAUCUAUAAAUCUGCAGGCCAAGAGGGAUUAAAUGACCUCCUCAAUGGUGAACUUCCAGAGCCGCCUUUUCCAAGCCCUCCUUUUCCUGGGUCAAAAGUUGUUCACAGGAGAAAAAAGAGACAGGUUUCCCAUGAGUCAAGAGGUAUAGAGGAUGAGACCAAAUACAUUGAGCUGAUGGUGAUCAACGACCAUCUAAUGUACAAGAAGCAUCGGCUUUCCGUUGGGCACACGAAUAACUAUGCUAAGUCAGUGGUCAAUAUGGCUGACAUGAUUUUCAAGGAACAGCUUAAUACGCGCAUUGUGCUUGUUGCCAUGGAGACGUGGUCAGCUGACAACAAGUUUAACAUCGAUGACAACCCCAUGGUGACACUCAGGGAGUUCAUGAAGUACCGAAAAGACUUCAUCAAGGAGAAAUGUGACUCUGUUCACCUUUUCUCCGGGAAUCGGUUUCACAGCAGCUGGGGAGGAGCGUCUUAUAUGGGAGGAGUUUGCUCCCUGACCAAAGGAGGAGGAGUCAAUGAGUACGGGAAAACAGAUGAGAUGGCCAUAACCCUCGCUCAGUCUCUUGGACAAAACAUUGGCAUCUUCUCUGACAAGAAGAGGAUCCUAAAUGGCGAAUGCAAGUGUGAUGAUCGAUGGACUGGCUGCAUCAUGGAUGACGUUGGUUUCUACCUGCCAAAGAGGUUCUCCGACUGCCAUGUGGAGGAGUACUACAACUUUCUAAACAGUGGUGGAGGAGCCUGUCUUUUCAACAAGCCCCUGAAGCUAUUGGACCCUCCGGUGUGUGGAAAUGGCUUUGUGGAGCCCGGAGAGGAGUGCGACUGUGGCAGCCCAGUGGAGUGUGCCAGAGAGGGCGAGGCCUGCUGCAACAAGUGCACCCUGACACAAGGCUCCAAGUGCAGCGAUGGACUCUGCUGCAACAACUGUCAGAUGGAAUUCAUGGGAGUUGUGUGCAGAGAUGCAGUUAACGACUGUGACAUCCCCGAAAACUGCACAGGCAACUCCAGCCAGUGUCCACAAAAUGUGCACAAGAUGGAUGGCUACACGUGUGAAAAGGACCAGGGUCGCUGCUUCAACGGAAGGUGCAAAACAAAAGACAGGCAGUGCAAGUACAUCUGGGGAGAGAAGGCGACUGCGGCUGACAAGUUCUGUUACGAGAAGUUAAACAUUGAAGGGACAGAGAAAGGCAACUGUGGGAAGGACAAGGACACCUGGAUCCAGUGUAACAAACAGGACGUUCACUGUGGCUACUUGCUGUGCUCCAACAUCUCACCUUCCCCACGUCUGGGAGAGCUGCAGGGAGGCCUCACCUCUUUCUCAGUAGCCCGUCACAGCGCGUCUCUUGACUGCAGUGGGGCUCAUGUGCUGAUCGAUGAAGACACUGAUCUGGGAUACGUCGAGGACGGUACGGCCUGCGGGACGGACCGCAUCUGUUUCAACCACAAAUGUCUCCCCAUACAACAGUUUAACUUCAGCACCUGCCCCGGGACCACUGACAAGAUCAUCUGCUCUGGACACGGGGUGUGCAGCAGUGAUCUGAAGUGUGUGUGUUACCUGGGCUGGGCAGGAGAGGACUGUAACUCCACAUCUCCUCUUAGUUAUCUUGUGGUGGGGCCGACAGCCUCAGUCUCAGGUAUCACCAGUACCAACAUCAUCAUCGGGGCCAUCGUAGGCUCGUUUCUCUUCCUCGCCCUCAUUAUGGCCGCCACAGCCUGGUGUUACAAGAGCUACAAGCAGAGAUGCUACGUUGAAUCUGAGGUUCACAGAAGAUUCUGCAGACAAAUGCCCCCAGGUGACUAUGUCACAAAGCCUGGGGACGCAGAUUCCUUUUACAGCGACAUGCCUCCGGGGGUCAGCACAAACUCCGGCUGCAGCUCCAAGAAGAGGUCAGCCUGCCUGUCGCACCUGCAGAUUUGCACCCUGUCCUUCACUCCCUCCAUCCCAUCCAUUUCUCAGAACAUCUCACUGUUUGGCUUCAGAUCUAAUGGUCUAUCCCACUCAUGGAGUGAGAGAAUCCCAGAUGCCAAACACAUCUCUGACAUCUGUGAAAAUGGGCGACCAAGGAGCAACUCAUGGCAAGGAAAUCUGAGCGGUAAUCGUAAGAAACUGAAAGGGAAGAAGUUUCGUGCUCGCUCCAACUCCACAGAGACGCUAUCCCCUGCUAAGUCCCCAACUUCCUCUACAGGAUCUAUCGCAUCCAGCAGGAGGUACCCGUACCCUAUGCCCCCCCUCCCAGACGACCAGAGGAAAGGCAACAGGCAGAGCGCCAGGCUGUGGGAGACUUCAAUAUAACAGCCUUGUUACCCACUUUGCAAAAGGCCUUAAGGAACUACUCUUGUGUCUCCUUUUCUGUGAAUAAAAAAACACACAAAUGAAACAAAAUUGACUCUAAGCGAAUAAAGAGAAAGAUAAGAGACCCCCAACUGGAGUGGAAAUAGGCAAAGGUGUGUGUAAGUGCGUACGAGCAACUCCCAGGAUGUUUUGGCGUCAUUCAGUGGAUCUCUAAAAGAGGAAGCGGAGUGACGGGGGAGAAAUCACCAUAUCCACUCCGGACCAGCUGGAGCUCAGACUGGGCUGUUCCUGUCUGCUCAGGCCUCACCUACGGGACUGCUAACCCCCCCCCCCCACCCCUCCUUUCCCAAACCUCUUCACAUCCUUCUGAACUCGGCUCUCAUCAUCCUCCUCACUUCAACACCACUGUUCCCCCUCUCUGAGUUUUUUUUGGAGCUUUUAAAAAAAGGAACCAUGAAGCCAGAUCAGGUUAUCGUAUCACAUUGCAUCGCUGGAUUUUUUGGAUUAUUUUGUUGCACGUGAAACACUGUAGAAACUCCGACACUGUAUGCAUGAGACAACCCUGUAUAUCAGCAACCUCCUACUGAAAAGACGAGAAGAACUGUUGGCUGAUCUGAAAGGAAAGCAUGCAAGGGAACAGUGAUUUUUAUAGUUUCUGUAGGCUUAGACGCUUUCUCUCCACUAUAGGAAACCCCAGGUGUAUCACCACUUAUAACCCCAUAACCCAUUACAUGAACCCAACCUGUCCCGCUUGUUUGACCGUGUGUAAAUAUGUACAGUAAAAAAACACACAGAGUAUGUUUUUCCUUUCAUUUUAAAGGAGGUUAAGGAUGGAGUCCCUUCUCUCUUCUUCCUGUUGUACUGUGUUGUAGACAGAAGCAGAUUUCUGUAGAUAGGUGUAGAGAUCCCACACUUGUCUGUAUUUCCAUUUUUUGUCUUCAUUUUUCCUCCCCUCUGGCUUCUUCUUGUGUGACUGUGACCUAUAUAGCUCCCUCCAUCCACAGCAGAAUGUAAAAUUGUGGGUUUUUUUCUUUCUAAUCUAGGUUUCAUCCACCUCUGGGAGAAAUACACAGACAUUCAGAACUGACUGAAGAAGUAUUGGUAGAGAUAUUGAUGGCACAUGGAAAGUGUUGCUGAACAGCUGUUGAUGAGUAUUAUUUAGGGAAAUAUGAAUAGUGUUAUGUGCCAUUCCUGAGUGGACGGAGGUGUGUUUGCUGUAGUUAUAGAUGUGCCACUUCUCACAUGUGGGUUUUGGAAGUUUCCUCAUUGAUUAUUAACAUUUAUUUAAGUCCCCCCUGAUAGAUUUUGGACGUUUGAGUCCCUCAGAUUAAUGAGAUCAAAAAUCAGUAACUGAAUGUGGUUAUUGGUCAAACUCUGCAAGAAUCUGGAAACAGUGAUCAAACAAUGUGCAUUUUGGAUUUAGCUGUAAUGAUUGAGAUAUUUAGCCUUGUAAAUGAUUAACUAUGCUGUACAGUGCUUGCUGUUUGAACGGCAUGACAGUUUGACAAUAAAUUAAGUUAUUUAUUCAGGUAGGUUGGGCACUGUUGGCCACCAAAGGCAGGAGCUCACAUGGCUUAAAAUGAUCAGGAAGAUUUGAGCAUUGACUGAUGCCUGUGUCUCUAUUUAAGGUCGAUUCAUUAGAACGAGUCUUAUAUCACUCCCAAGAAACAAGCUCUUUGUACAGUUUUAACGCUGUUGUCUUAAGGCCGUCUGUUUGUCAUCCUACUACUGUAUUGUUACGUUUUGUUUCCCAGUGUGGGCACUUUUUCAUUUGUAAUCCAUGUAUACAUUAGGACUGUAUAGGUUAUAUGAUCUCCACAAUAUUGGAUAAAUAUUGCUACAAGUAUUUUUUUUAUUAAUUACCUUUGUAACGUCCACUUUUUUCUCAGCAUUAUGUACAGCAAUGACUCAAACAGUAAUUAAGUGCAUUAUUGUAAUUAUGCGUGUUAAUGAGUUUGAAUGGAGACAUGUUGAGACUUGUUUUGAAACACAUUUGUCAACAGGCAUAUAGUCGGGUUGUUCCUCUGGCAUGUGCUAAUCUGUAUCAUAUAAAGCUUGGACACAUAAUGAUGUAAAUGAGAUCUCUACGGGCUCAUAAUUUGCCUUCUACUAGAGCUGUCUUCUUUUUUUGUUGCUCUGGUCUUCUGUAAGUAUUGUCAAUGUUUAGUGGCCCAGUCAUGUUUCCUGGGCUAUCCAAGGGGGUAGGGAGCAGUAUCUCAGAGUCCUUGGUUAUAUUUUUAACAUCAUGUACUGUGCUACAGAGAGACAUUUGUCCCGCUGUCACAGACACUGCACAGUAUGAUAGGGCGAGGAUGGGACGCAGGCUGCAGUUGAUAUCUUUUAUUGUACAACUGUCAAACAAACAUAUCUGCUCUUUCUGCCUGCACGCGGUUGGACCAAAAAGGUCCUAGCAGAGGAAAAAAUCUGGUAAAAUUUCCCCGCAAAUGAGCCUUCUGUCUCUGUCUGGCCAGAGACUUGAAUGUAUUCGUGUACUGGAGAACACCAACCACCCAGUCUCACCCAUACGAUCCCAUUCUGCUGUUGGACACAUCAGCCCUCUGCUGCAGGAACUAUGACAACCCUACAUGUGUGAGAUCAAAACUGAAUACUGCAGUUGCUUUUUUCUUUAAUUCUUAAAGUGUUAUUUUGCCUGUAAGCUGUACAGACAAGUGAUGCAAAAAUCAAUGCCAUUAUUUUUCUUUUUCUUAAUCAUUCAGUAUUGUAAUAUAUUUAAUAUAAAAUAAAACUUUCAUCAACA